GCCGGAGCCGGUGCCGGAGCCGGAGCCGGAGCCCCAGACCGCGCCCGCGCCCGCGCCCGCGCCGCCAUGCCCUUGGCCUUCUGCGGCAGCGAGAACCACUCGGCCGCCUACCGGGUGGACCAGGGCGUCCUCAACAACGGUUGCUUCGUGGACGCGCUCAACGUGGUGCCUCAUGUCUUCCUGCUCUUCAUCACUUUCCCCAUCCUCUUCAUCGGAUGGGGCAGUCAAAGCUCCAAGGUACACAUCCACCACAGCACAUGGCUCCACUUCCCUGGGCACAACCUGCGCUGGAUCCUGACCUUCAUGCUGCUCUUCGUCCUGGUGUGUGAAAUCGCAGAGGGCAUCCUAUCUGAUGGGGUGACUGAAUCCCGCCAUCUCCACCUGUACAUGCCAGCCGGGAUGGCAUUCAUGGCUGCUGUCACCUCCGUGGUCUACUAUCACAACAUCGAGACCUCCAACUUCCCCAAGCUGCUGAUAGCCCUGCUAGUCUACUGGACCCUGGCCUUCAUCACCAAGACGAUCAAGUUCGUCAAGUUCUAUGACCACGCCAUCGGCUUCUCACAGCUGCGCUUCUGCCUUACGGGGCUGUUGGUGAUCCUCUACGGGAUGCUGCUCCUGGUGGAGGUCAAUGUCAUCAGGGUGAGGAGAUAUAUCUUCUUCAAGUCGCCAAGGGAGGUAAAGCCCCCUGAGGACCUACAGGACUUGGGGGUGCGCUUCCUGCAGCCCUUCGUGAAUUUGCUAUCCAAAGGCACCUACUGGUGGAUGAAUGCUUUCAUCAAGACUGCCCACAAGAAGCCCAUUGAUCUCCGAGCCAUUGGGAAGCUGCCCAUUGCCAUGAGGGCCCUCACCAACUACCAGCGGCUCUGUGAGGCUUUCGACACCCAAGCGCAGAAGGACUCGCAGAGCACACAGGGUGCCCGGGCCAUCUGGCAGGCACUCUGCCGUGCCUUUGGGAGACGCCUGGUCCUCAGCAGCACUUUCCGUAUACUGGCUGACCUGCUGGGCUUCGCCGGGCCGCUGUGCAUCUUCGGGAUUGUGGACCACCUUGGGAAGGAAAACCGCGUCUUCCAGCCCAAGACACAGUUUCUCGGGGUUUACUUUGUCUCAUCCCAAGAGUUCCUUGCUAAUGCCUACGUCUUGGCCGUGCUUCUGUUCCUUGCCCUCCUACUGCAAAGAACAUUUCUGCAAGCAUCCUACUAUGUCGCCAUCGAAACUGGAAUUAACUUGAGAGGAGCGAUACAGACCAAGAUUUACAAUAAAAUUAUGCACCUGUCCACCUCCAACCUGUCCAUGGGGGACAUGACAGCUGGGCAGAUCUGCAACCUGGUUGCCAUUGACACCAACCAGCUCAUGUGGUUUUUCUUCCUGUGCCCAAACCUUUGGGCCAUGCCAGUACAGAUCGUCGUGGGUGUGAUUCUCCUCUACUACAUCCUUGGAGUCAGUGCCUUAAUUGGGGCAGCUGUCAUCAUCCUACUGGCCCCCGUCCAGUACUUUGUGGCCACCAAGCUCUCCCAGGCCCAGAGGAGCACACUGGAGUAUUCCAACGAGAGGCUGAAGCAGACCAACGAGAUGCUCCGUGGCAUCAAGCUGCUCAAGCUGUACGCCUGGGAGAACAUCUUCUGCACACGCGUGGAGAUGACCCGCAGGAAGGAGAUGACCAGCCUCAGAGCCUUCGCCGUCUACACCUCCAUUUCCAUUUUCAUGAACACGGCCAUCCCCAUUGCAGCUGUCCUCAUUACCUUCGUGGGCCACGUCAGCUUCUUCAAAGAGGCCGACUUCUCGCCCUCGGUGGCCUUCGCCUCCCUCUCGCUAUUCCACAUCCUGGUCACACCACUGUUCCUCCUGUCCAGCGUGGUCCGGUCGACAGUCAAAGCUCUAGUCAGCGUGCAAAAGCUGAGCGAGUUCCUGUCCAGUGCAGAGAUCCGCGAGGAGCAGUGUGCUCCCCGGGAGCCUGCGCCCCAGGGCCAAACCAACAAGUACCAGGCAGUGGAGGGGGGACUCCCUUCCCUGCACAGCUUCCAGUCCUGUGGGCCCUCACCUCCUCCUGACCAUUCCCAGCCCCUUAAGGUUGUGAACCGCAAGCAUCCAGCCCGAGAGGACUGUCGGGGCUUCACGGCCCCACUGCAGAGGCUGGUUCCGAGUGCAGAUGGGGAUGCUGACAACUACUGCGUCCAGGUGAGUCCUAGAACCUGCACCCCCACGUCUGGCCCCCCAGCACCAUCUCCAGGAGGGAGCUUAGCAUCAGAGACCUAUAUGCUGAGUCCUCUGCUCUGGAGGUCACCCUGCCCGCCUGGAGGGUCCAUAGCAGUCCCAAAACCAGGGACAAGUUUUCCUUCUCCAUUGAAUGUGGGACCCCGUGACUGUCAUCUCAGAGAGGGUGAUUCAGGCAGGGGUCAGCAGAAGAAGGCCAUUCCCCCGCUCCCCUGCCCUGGAAGUGAUCCAGGGACUGAAAUCAGGGUUUCUAGCUUUCACGGCGGGAGGGGAGGCAAGAGACCAUUCACACUGAGAACCCAGUUGCCUUUCUAUUCUUUUCUGGGCUGUGGGCUACCACCAAUAAAGAUCAUUGGAGGCUUCUUCACGUGGACUCCUGAUGGAAUCCCCACACUGUCCAACAUCACCAUCCGCAUCCCACGAGGCCAGCUGACCAUGAUCGUGGGGCAGGUGGGCUGUGGCAAGUCCUCACUCCUCCUAGCCACCCUAGGAGAGAUGCAGAAGAUUUCAGGGGCCGUCUUCUGGAACAGCCUUCCUGAUGAGACGGGAGAGGACCCCAGCCCAGAGCGGGAGACGGUGGCCUAUUCGGAUGUGAGGAAGAGAGGCCCCGUGGCGUAUGCUUCUCAGAAACCAUGGCUGCUAAAUGCCACUGUGGAGGAGAAUAUCACCUUUGAGAGUCCCUUCAACAAACAACGGUACAAAAUGGUCAUCGAAGCCUGCUCCCUGCAGCCGGACAUCGACAUCCUGCCCCAUGGAGACCAGACUCAGAUUGGGGAACGGGGCAUCAACCUAUCUGGUGGUCAACGCCAGCGAAUCAGUGUGGCCCGAGCCCUGUACCAGCACACCAACGUUGUCUUCUUGGAUGACCCCUUCUCAGCUCUGGAUGUCCAUCUGAGUGACCACCUGAUGCAGGCCGGGAUCCUUGAGCUGCUCCAGGAUGACAAGAGGACAGUGGUCCUAGUGACCCACAAGCUACAGUACCUGCCACAUGCAGACUGGAUCAUUGCGAUGAAGGAUGGCACCAUCCAGAGGGAGGGCACGCUCAAGGACUUCCAGAGGUCUGAGUGCCAGCUCUUUGAGCACUGGAAGACCCUCAUGAACCGGCAGGACCAAGAGCUGGAGAAGGAGACUGUCAUGGAGAGAAAAGCCACUGAGCCACCUCAGGGUCUGCCCCGGGCCAUGUCCUCAAGAGACGGCCUCCUGCAAGAUGAGGAAGAGGAGGAAGAGGAGGCAGCUGAGAGUGAGGAGGAGGACAACCUGUCUUCAGUGCUUCACCAGCGUGCCAAGAUCCCGUGGCGAGCCUGUGCCAAGUAUCUGUCAUCCGCCGGCAUCCUGCUCCUGUCGCUGCUGGUCUUCUCCCAGCUGCUUAAGCACAUGGUCUUGGUGGCCAUUGACUACUGGCUGGCCAAGUGGACCGACAGUGCCCUGACCCUAAGCCCAGCAGCCAGGAACUGCUCCCUCAGCCAGGAGUGCUCCCUCGACCAGACUGUCUAUGCCAUGGUGUUCACGGUGCUCUGCAGCCUGGGCAUUGUGCUGUGCCUUGUCACAUCUGUCACCGUAGAAUGGACCGGGCUGAAGGUGGCCAAAAGGUUGCACCGCAGCCUGCUGAACCGGAUCAUCCUGGCUCCCAUGAGGUUUUUUGAGACCACGCCCCUUGGAAGCAUCCUGAAUAGAUUUUCAGCUGACUGUAACACCAUUGACCAGCACAUCCCAUCCACGCUGGAGUGCCUGAGCCGCUCCACCCUGCUCUGUGUCUCAGCCGUGGCUGUCAUCUCCUAUGUCACGCCUGUGUUCCUCGUGGCCCUCUUGCCCCUGGCCGUGGUGUGCUACUUCAUCCAGAAGUACUUCCGGGUGGCAUCCAGGGACCUGCAGCAGCUAGAUGACACCACCCAGCUCCCCCUGCUGUCCCACUUCGCUGAAACCGUGGAAGGCCUCACCACCAUCCGGGCCUUCAGGUAUGAGGCUAGGUUCCAGCAGAAGCUCCUUGAAUACACAGACUCCAACAACAUUGCCUCCCUCUUCCUCACCGCUGCCAACAGAUGGCUAGAAGUCCGCAUGGAGUACAUUGGUGCAUGUGUGGUCCUCAUCGCAGCCGUGACCUCCAUCUCCAACUCCCUGCACAGGGACCUCUCUGCUGGCCUGGUGGGCCUGGGCCUCACCUAUGCCCUAAUGGUCUCCAACUACCUCAACUGGAUGGUGAGGAACCUAGCAGACAUGGAGAUCCAGCUGGGAGCUGUGAAACGCAUCCACGGGCUGCUGAAAACCGAAGCGGAGAGCUACGAGGGACUGCUAGCACCCUCGCUGAUCCCGAAGAACUGGCCAGACCAAGGGAAGAUCCAGAUCCAGAACCUGAGUGUGCGCUAUGACAGCUCCCUGAAGCCAGUGCUGAAGCAUGUCAACGCCCUCAUCUCCCCAGGACAGAAGAUUGGGAUCUGUGGCCGCACAGGCAGCGGGAAGUCCUCCUUCUCUCUUGCCUUCUUCCGCAUGGUGGACAUGUUCGAAGGGCGUAUCAUCAUCGACGGCAUCGACAUCGCCAAACUGCCGCUGCACACCCUGCGCUCACGCCUCUCUAUCAUCCUGCAGGACCCCGUCCUCUUCAGUGGCACCAUCCGAUUUAACCUGGACCCGGAGAAGAAGUGCUCUGACAGCACGCUGUGGGAGGCCCUGGAGAUAGCCCAGCUGAAGCUGGUGGUGAAGGCGCUGCCGGGAGGCCUGGAUGCCAUCAUCACUGAAGGUGGGGAGAAUUUCAGUCAGGGUCAGAGGCAACUGUUCUGCCUGGCUCGGGCCUUCGUGCGAAAGACCAGCAUCUUCAUCAUGGACGAAGCCACAGCUUCCAUUGACAUGGCCACGGAAAACAUCCUCCAGAAGGUGGUGAUGACGGCCUUCGCAGACCGCACUGUGGUCACCAUCGCGCACCGUGUGCACACCAUCCUGAGCGCAGACUUGGUGAUUGUCCUGAAACGUGGCGCCAUCCUUGAGUUCGACGAGCCAGAGAAGCUGCUCAGCCGGAAGGACAGCGUCUUCGCCUCGUUUGUCCGUGCAGACAAGUGACCUGCUGGAGCCCAAGUGCUGGCCCAUACCCCGCCCUGCCCCUGCCUCCUGCCUGGGCUUUCUCACUGUACAAUCACUUGUAAAUAAAGAGAUUGGUUAUUUCCUACCGGAGGCCUUGAGUCUGAUGGGCAGGAACCAGGAGUCUGGACCAGCCUGGGGUCCGGUGGAGCCAGCCUGCCUGGCAUCAGGCAGACCUGAAGCUGUGUUAGUGUAGGCAAAAGUGUAUUUCCU